CCCCCCCCCCCCCCCCCCCCCGGUCACAGAGACCAUCUUGGACCCAGAUCCAGUGUCCAGUGUUGCUGUCCUGCAGUGCUGCCCCAGGAUGGCAGGUUCACCCUCAGUCUGUUUGGCUGUUCUGGCUGUUCUGGCUGCUGCUCUCCUACUGACCCUCAGAGCUGACGCUGCAGGUCAGAACCCAGAUCACGUCCUACAGGGGACCGGGGUGAACCCAGACUCUCGGCGGUCUGGUGACGACUCCACCGUCGCCCCUGAAGAUGCUGCCCGAUACCUCAGCUGCUACUGCUCUGGACACUGUCCUGAAGACGCCACCAACAACACCUGCCUGACAAACGGACAGUGUUUCGCCAUUAUUGAAGAGGACGAGCACGGGGACGCCCUCCUGACCUCAGGCUGCAUGAAGUACGAGGGCUCGGACUUCCAGUGCAAGGAUUCGCCUAAAGCUCAGACUCGACGGACCAUAGAGUGCUGCAACACUGCUUUCUGCAACAGAGACCUGCAGCCAACACUGCCCCCACUGGCGCCUACUGAAGGAAGUCCUCACUGGUUGGCCUUCAUCAUCUCUAUGACCGUUUGCUGCUGCACCCUCAUCUGCAUCACCGUGGUCUGUUACUACAGGUACAAGUGGCAGACGGAACGUCAGAGGUACCACAAGGACCUGGAGCAGGAGGUCUUCAUUCCUGUGGGAGAGUCUCUCAAAGACCUGAUCCACCAGUCACAGAGUUCAGGCAGUGGUUCUGGGCUCCCUCUGCUGGUCCAGCGAACCAUCGCCAAGCAGAUCCAGAUGGUACGACAAAUCGGCAAAGGUCGGUACGGCGAGGUGUGGCUCGGUCGCUGGAGAGGAGAGAAGGUGGCCGUCAAGGUGUUCUUCACCAGAGAGGAGGCCAGCUGGUUCAGAGAGACGGAGAUCUACCAGACUGUCCUGAUGAGACAUGAGAACAUCCUGGGCUUCAUCGCGGCCGACAUCAAAGGUACCGGCGCCUUCACGCAGCUCUUCCUCAUCACCGACUACCACGAGAGCGGGUCUCUGUACGACUACCUGAAGGUGACCACUCUGGACACGGCGUCCCUGCUGAGGCUGGCCUUCUCUGCUGCCUGUGGUCUGUGUCACCUGCACACGGAGAUCUACGGCACACAGGGGAAACCGGCCAUCGCUCACCGAGAUCUGAAGAGCAAAAACAUCCUCAUCAAGAAGAACGGGACGUGCUGCAUCGCUGACCUGGGCCUGGCUGUCAAGUUCAACAGUGACACUAAUGAGGUCGACGUCCCACUGAGCACCCGUGUGGGCACGCGGCGCUACAUGGCCCCCGAGGUUCUGGACGAGACUCUGAACAAGAACCACUUCCAGGCCUACAUCAUGGCCGACAUGUACAGCUACGGCCUGGUCAUCUGGGAGAUGUCCCGACGCUGCGUCACCGGAGGUAUGGUGGAGGACUACCAGCUGCCCUACUAUGAGACGGUGCCCACGGAUCCUUCCUACGAAGAUAUGCUGGAGGUUGUGUGUGUGAAAGGACUGCGCCCCACGGUGUCCAACCGCUGGAACAGCGACGAGUGUCUUCGGGCCAUGUUGAAGGUGAUGUCUGAGUGCUGGGCUCACAACCCGGCCUCCCGCCUCACCAUCCUCAGAGUCAAGAAGACUCUGGCUAAGAUGGUGGAGUCCCAGGACAUCAAGAUCUGACCUGAGACCUGCUGCUCCUCCUCUCUGCUGCCUGAUCCAUCUGACCUCACUGACCUUCAGGACCUGGACCUUUGUUGGGAUGACAAGGAGAUAUUGGGAGAAAAUGACAGGAAUAACGGACCCUCUCUGGGCGGAGCUCUGCUCCUCCUCCUCCUACUCUUCCGUCAGCUGGAAAUAAAUGUUGAGUCCUUCCUCCUUCUCUUCUCCUCCUCCUCCUCCUCUUUCAUCCACCUCAGUCUGGAAGGAGGACAGAGAACAGACGUAUAUGGAUUAUUUCCUCUCCUCUUUUCACCUCCUUGUUCCUUUGUUUACACCUGUCCUCCUCUCUCCACCUCCUCUCUCCUCCUCCCGUCUUUCUUCUACAUUGAUCUGUGCUUCAGCUGGAUACAGACAUGAACUGUUCUUUUCUUCUACUCCUUCCUCCUCUUCCUCCUACUUCACCUUUAUCCUUAUUUUCUUUUCUCCAACUUUCUUUCCUUUUUUCUUCCCUCUCCUCAAUCCAUCAGCUGAAAACCAACCAGGAGUACUUCCUCUUCCUCUUCCUCUUCCUCUUCCUCUUCCCCUUCUUCACCGCUGCGUUUGACGCUUUCUGUGAAAGCCAAACAGACAAUUCAGAUAAUGUUGAUGUCGACACUUCGUAGGAGGAGAGAAGGGUCAUGUUCAUUGUGAAUUUUUUUUUAGGACCUACAUUGGACCUCCUUUCUCCCCCCACCUCCUCCUCCACCUCCUCCUCUCGGUCUUCCGUCAGUGUUUUUAUUUUUUGUUAUUUCUCUACAGGACUGAGUUUUCCUGCCUGUAUUUUCACUCAGAGACAAAAACUAAGGUACUAAAAUUAUCACAUGUGAACUUUAACCUGUAAAUAAAUGUUAGCGUUAGCAUUAGCCUUCCCGGGGAGAAGAUUUCAGAGAAAAGAAAAACACUGUUCUGCAGUGAAGUCGACAUCCGGCCGACGUCUGCCGUCCUGUUCAUCCGUCUUUGUUCAUCCGUGUCGUGUGUCUGUUUGUCUGGAGAUUGUUGUUGACUGUGUCACACUGACGGCUACAGUUCUGGUGGGUAGAAAACAGUGACAUCUGCUGGUGAUUUUGUCCUGACAACAUCAGGAGUGGUGGCCUUCGUUACAACUAGUUCUAUAUUACAGACUAGCUGCAGUACGGACACGUUGUCUGUGGUGUUUCUUCACAUUGCCCAGUGGUCACGUCAGAGCCUGAGAAGGACGUUCAACAGAACAUCAAAACGGAACUUAUAUCACCGGCGUGUGUUCACACAUGCCCUAUCAGCAAAACAACUUCUACAUAUUAUUUUCCCUUAAAAAAAAAACUUUUAAUUUUCAUCAAAAAAAUUCCCUGCAGCUUUAAAGAAGCUGGAAGUUUUUUAAACACGUCAAAAACCAAAACUGUUUUCUGUAAUUGUUGUUCUCGCUUGCAGGACGAUGCGCAUGCGCACGCUCACUGCAUGUUCUGUCUGAGUGUGUGGGUGUGUGCGCGCGCGUUUGUCGCCAGCUUCUUAUAUCUGUUUAAAAGCAGUAUCACGUGUUUUUCCUGUGAUGAGAAGAUUUCCGAUAGAAAAUGUUGAGUACAGAAUAAUCUCAGAAAUGUCAAAGUGUUGUUUUCCCUGUCGAUGUGGUUGUUUUUUGUACAGCAUCUGUUUCGGUGCCUUAUGAGUUUACCAAGAAAAAUGAAAAACUCUGUAUAAGUCUGUCCAAUGUUAACGAUUUUUAAUAAGUAAAAUAACCUUAUUUUAGUAAACAACCCCCGAGUCAGAGUGUGGUUCUUUUGAAAACACCCAUCGACGUUUGACUCUUGAUUAAAUAUAGUAGAACUAAUUAAUCGAGGAAUUCACACUGUCUAAAUGUAUUAAUACCUUUCACAGCCACAGGUGGCGCUGACAGUCGAGGCAGGGUCACACCCUGUACAGGCUCUACUCCUGUCAACAUUUGGCUUCAGUCAUUUAUGCUGAUGACGGAGGUCCACUGACAUUCGUCCAUAUUUAAUUAGUGAUUAUUGUUACGUUUCAUAAACAGCUUCAUCUCAACUGAACGAA